GUCAAUCGAGUCAUCGACUUUAUCCUAAAAAAUAUUUCCAUAAUUCUCCGACACUGCCACUGUUUUCAUUCGGUCAAGGAUAGAGCUUUCGUUUUUAGGCGGAGUGAGUGUGGGGGAUGGGUGGAGAAGCAAUGAAGAUGGAGAGUAGGGGUGUGUGCAUUCUUGUAUUGAUGUUGUGCUCAUUGUCUUCAGCCAUUGCGGGUGUUUCUGCAACAUCAAGAACAGCCGGGUUGAUGUUGCCUAAGAAUAGCAAGUACGAGUACUACAGAGAGAGACUCAGACGAAAUCUGCUUGCCAAUGGGCUCGGCUUGACUCCUCCCAUGGGCUGGAAUAGUUGGAAUCACUUCGGCUGCAAAAUAGAUGAGAAAAUGAUCAAAGAAACCGCUGAUGCUCUCAUCUCCUCUGGUCUUGCUAUGCUUGGAUAUACCUAUGUUAAUAUUGAUGAUUGCUGGGCAGAAAUAGCUCGUGAUGGAAAGGGUAAUCUAGUGCCUAAGAACUUAACAUUUCCAUCUGGCAUAAAAGCCCUUGCGAACUAUGUUCACAGCAAGGGCCUUAAGCUGGGGAUCUACUCAGAUGCAGGCUAUCAUACUUGCAGCAAAACUAUGCCUGGUUCACUUGGUCAUGAGGAGCAAGAUGCCAAAACCUUUACUUCAUGGGGUAUUGAUUAUUUGAAGUAUGAUAACUGCAACAAUGAUGGAUCAAAGCCAACGGUUAGAUACCCCAUGAUGACCCGGGCACUAAUGAAAGCAGGCCGCCCUAUCUUUUUCUCACUAUGUGAAUGGGGAGACUUGCACCCUGCUCUAUGGGGUUAUAAGGUAGGAAAUAGCUGGAGAACCACUAACGACAUUGCUGAUAACUGGGAAAGUAUGGUCUCCAGAGCAGACAUGAAUGAAGUAUAUGCAGAACUUGCUAGGCCUGGUGGUUGGAAUGAUCCUGACAUGCUUGAAGUGGGAAAUGGAGGGAUGACAAGGGAUGAAUAUAUAGUUCACUUUAGUAUAUGGGCUAUUUCCAAGGCUCCCCUUCUCCUUGGUUGUGAUGUGAGGAAUAUGACAAAAGAGACAAUGGAGAUCGUUGCCAAUAAAGAGGUCAUUGCAGUUAAUCAAGAUUCAGCUGGCAUACAAGGUAAAAAGGUUAGGUCUGAAGGUGAUCUUGAGGUUUGGGCAGGGCCUCUUACAGGCUAUCGAGUAGCUCUACUUCUAGUCAACCGAGGCCCUUGGCGUAUUUCAAUUACUGCUCAUUGGGAUGACAUCGGAAUUCCUCCAAACAGUGUUGCUGAAGCAAGAGAUAUUUGGGAGCACAAGGCAUUGAAGACACCGCUUGCCGGAAACUUGACAGCCACCAUGGAUUCUCAUGCAUGCAAAAUGUAUGUGUUGAAGCCAAUUGCUUGAGGUUAUCCACAAAGACAUCUCCGUUGAGAAGUACAUGAUGUCAUUGGUCUCUUCGAGUUGCCCAAUGGUAUGGUGGGAGUUUACAACUGUCUUAUUUGGCAGGGUUACUGAAUUUUCUUCAAUAAGAGAAUGGAGGAAAUGAAAUGAAAUGUAUGUACACAUGCAUGAAUGAAAUGUGGAUUACGUUUGCAAAUAAAACACAAAGUUCACCUGC